UGGCAAUCUGAUUCUUUUUUUAUUAGGAAAACGAAGAUGGUGUUCGUGAUAUAGAUAUAUUUAGCUGCAACCACGCUAGAAAAUUUGAACAUCAAAGUGAAAAAUUAGGAAAUAAAGCAAAUGUUUUAGCACCAGUGGAGCCAAUUGGCAUUUUAGCUGUAUCAAGACACAGUAUUGUUUAUAAAAGCCUUGAUUCAAGAAAUUUGCAUCUUAGGAAAGAAAUAAAAGUGCUUGACAAUAAAGAUUAUUUUUUGUUGGUGACACCAUUUAAUAAGGAGAGUCAUCUUGCGCAGUCUUUAAAAGGAAAAGUUUGUUUCAUUCGAGUAUUCAUCAAAAUGUUUUAUGUCCACACAGAAAAAAGAAAUCUCAGUUUUGUGCGUCGAUGUUCUUCCUGUAGCAAGAUCCUGGUGUAUGUUGACCUUAGAUGAAACUUAUUUGUUCCUUUCUUCAGAAAUUUCUGACCACUUAUUGUACUGUGUAAACUAUGGUUCCCUAUCUGAGGUGGAAGGAGAAAAUAAACCUAGAGAAAAGGAAGAUGAACCUGAUAAGGAAGAUGAAACAAUAAAUGAAACUGAAGAAGAUGAAACUGUAAAUGAAACCGAAGAUGAUUCUGGAGUAGAUAAACAUGUAGAAAAUGAACCUAAAGAAGAUAAAUCUGGAGAAGAUAAAUCUGGAGAAGAUAAAUCUGAAGAAGAUGAAUCUAAAGAAGAGGAAUCUGAAGAAGAGGAAUCUGAAGAAGACAAACCAGAAGAAGAAGAUGAAGCUGACGAAGAUGAAACUGAAGACGAUGAAUCUGAAGCAGAUAAAUCUGAAGAAGAUAAAUCUAAAGUAGAUAAAUCUGAAGAAGAUAAAUCUAAAGUAGACAAACCUGAAGAAGAUGAAACUGGAGAUGAACCUAAAGUAGAUGAACCUGAAGAAAAUGAACCUGAAGAAAAUGAAACUGAAGAUAAACCUGAAGAAAAUGAAACUGAAGAUAAACCUGAAGAAAAUGAACCUGAAGAAAAUGAACCUGAAGAAAAUAAACAUGAAGAAAAUGAACACGAAGAAAAUAAACAUGAAGAAAAUGAACACGAAGAAGAUAAACCUGAAGAAGAUGAACCUAAAGUAGAUGAACCUAAAGUAGAUGAAACUGAAGGAGAUAAACCUGAAGGAGAUGAAUCUGAAGAAGAUGAAUCUAAAGAAAGUAAACCUGAAGAAGAUGAAUCUGAAAAAGGUAAAUCUAAAGAAGAUGAAUCUGAAGCAGGUAAAUCUGAAGCAGGUAAAUCUGAAGAAGAUCAAUCUGAAGAAGAUCAAUCUGAAGAAGAUCAAUCUGAAGAAGAUCAAUCUGAAAAAGAUCAAUCUGAAAAAGAUCAAUCUGAAAAAGAUCAAUCUGAAAAAGAUCAAUCUGAAGAAGAUCAAUCUGAAGAAGAUCAAUCUGAAGAAGAUAAACCUGAGGAAAACAAACCUGAAGAAGAUAAUCCUGAAGAAAAUAAACCUAAAGAAAAACAAAUAUUUGAACUCGUCCUAAUGUUACCGAACUUUUCGCCUUUAUUUGACUUCCAAGUUGGUGACCUAGUAGACAAGGGUUUCUCCCAAAUGUACAUUGUUGGAGGUAGAAGUCUUCAUUCUCAAUUGAGAGUGCUCGAACUUGGCUGCAAGAUUACAAGAAAUGAAGAGUUGCAUUGGAGAAUUGUUUUGAUGUCUGAUGAUGAAGAGUUAAAUAACAGGACUGCUUGGAUAUGUAAAUGGGAAACAGGUGAAAAUUUGUUGGCAGAAGAAGAAGUUUUGCUUUUUGUACCUGGAAUUAAAAUGACAAGUAUUUUUAUCUUAAAUUGUUCUAAGGAAUUGAAAAAAGACUCAUCUGCUGAAAUUUCCUCUCUGGAACAACGCAUUCCACAAUAUCCAUUUAUUACUGAUGAGAAUACUUUAUGUUGUGUUCAACUUGGUAAAGAUAUUCUGCAGAUUAUUCCCAAGAAAGUUAUAUUAGUUAGGGGAAAAAAGAUAAUUUGGAGUCAAGAACUAACAGUAUCUAUUGAAGUAUGUGCUGUCAAUAAAUUUAAUGUGGCACUUUAUUCCCACGAUGGUUAUCUACAAUAUAUCUUGUUCGACUGCGAGGAAAUUAAGGAACCUCUUUGUUGUAUGCAUGGCUCUUUUUUAUUUCCUAUUACUCUUCUUGCCAUUGGAAAAGUGAGGGAAAAACACAAAUCUCCCCUCAUAGCUGCUGUUUAUUCUAGAAAUUCAAAAACUUAUGUGCAAAUUUACUACUUUGAAUUCAAGUACGAAUUGGAUCUCGAGGCUGGAACUACCCAAAAAAGGGUAUCUUUUAAUGAGGUGGAGGGAAGGCGGUUUGAACAGAAGAUUACUUCCAUUGAAAUCAUGUCUAUUGAAACUUCAGAUGAUGGAUAUGAACAGUAUCUCCUUGUUGGUUUAGAGAAUGGCUCUUUGUUUAAAUAUAAGUUGAGUGGUUACAAGUGCAUGUUUGAUGAUGAUUUUCAUUACCUGGAUUCAACACCCAUCAAAAUGCUGAGAACUGUAUUACAUAACCAAGAAGCUGUCAUAGCUAUGUCAAAGAAGAAGCAGUUCAUAACUUGUUACUACCGAGGUUUUUUUCACCUUUUUCCAUUAAUAUCUGAAUUUACUUACGAUUAUUAUGUUCUGUUCCCAGAAAAAGAGCACUGCCUUUUAGGAUAUAGAAAUCAUCGAUUUGACUUUAUUUCUCUCCCUGAAUCUGGAUACCUGUUUGCACAAUCCAAAUUUAAACUUGAAAAUACCCCAUGCAAGAUCAUCCUUGAUGAAUGUUGGAAAAAAAUAAUUGUUCUAGAAAGAGAGAAAGUAUUUUCUAAAAAAAUUAACGACAAAAAAAAAGGAGACUUGACAUUAAUAUCUGAGGAUGGAGAAGAUGAGCCGAUCGAGGAAAUGAAAAGUGGGUGGAUUUCUUUAAUUGAAAUAAUUGACCCUUUUGAUUUUAAAAAGAAAUACUCAGUUCCUUUAGAAGGGAAUGCAUAUGCAAUGAGUGUUUGCACCAUAAAUAGUUCUCCAGAAGGCGGCUUUCUUAUUGUAGGUGCUUUGCUAGAAUUUGAAGAACUUAAUAGAAGGGGAAUACCCAUGGCUCUCACGUAUGAAAUAUCCUAUGGAUUUACAGAUGCCUUCGAAAGGUAUUCCAUGAAAUCAAGUUUAAAUUGGUUAGACAAAACUGUCUUAGAUGGUCAACCCACAACUAUCUGUGAAUAUAACGGUGUUAUCUUAAUAGCUGAAGGAAUCUAUAUUGGAUUAUACUGUUUGAAUAAUAAGAGACUGGAACUUUUAAGCAAAAAGGAGCUGGUUGAUAAAAUAACAUCAAUUAGUACAAGUCUUGAAUAUAAUCUAAUUAUUGUUGGCCAUGUGAAAUACAAUGUUUCAAUUUUUCGUCUCUCUGACUGUGGUGAAGAAUUAGAUCUAGUUGCUGAAGAGCAUUCUGUGAUACCAACAACUUCAGUUGCUUGUUUAAAUGAAAAUACAUUUGCUUCCGUUGAUAAUUUUGGGAAUUUUAUGAUGAUGACUCUGGAAUCCCAACAGUCAAAGGAUUUAUCUGAACAAUUAGAACUUGAAAUUCAGACUAAAUAUAAUGUGGGGAAAAUAGUGAAAAUACAUCUGGAACAACUACAUGAAAUGGCAAGACCUUGUCUAUUAUAUAUGACUUAUUCUGGCUCUAUUGGUGUAUUGUUAGAAAACACUAAAAGUAGCGAAGCAUUUUUAUUAGACCUUCAGAAGCAUAUGAUAGCAAAUACUGUUCUUUGUGUUGGUGAACACAUAUGUGAUGAUGAGGAAGAACAGAGUCUGAUAGAUGGAGAUUUGUGCCUUGAAUAUUUAACUGCUCCAAAAGAUUUUAGGGACGCUAUUACGAGUGAAAUGAAAAGACUUCCUACUUUUAUCUGUGAUUUUCUUCAGCAUAUGAAAAUGAUACACUAUAUAUGGAUGGAUUAAUAAAUUGUCAUAAUUAGAUUUUAAUUGUAUAUAGUUUUUAAAGAAAAUGUAUUUUGUAUGUUGUAAAUAAAUUAUUUUUUUAAUUAAAAAA